AUGUUGUGGACAACUGAAAAACUACGCCGAUCGUUUUUAGAUUAUUUUACCUCGAAGUCACACAAAGUUGUAAGCUCAAGCUCUGUAAUUCCUUAUGAAGAUGACACCUUGCUCUUUACAAACAGUGGGAUGGUCCAGUUUAAGAAAAACUUACUUGGAGAGAGAAACGACCUGCGCCGAGCCUGUAGUGUGCAAAGAUGCAUCAGGGCAGGAGGGAAGCACAAUGAUCUAGAUGAUGUGGGGAAGGAUACAUAUCAUCAUACAUACUUUGAAAUGAUGGGGAACUGGUCAUUUGGAGAUUAUUUUAAGGAAGAAGCAAUAGGAUUUGCCUGGGAGUUUUUAGUUGGGAUACUUAAAUUAAGCAAGGAUAAAUUAUAUGUCACGUAUUAUGACGAGCUAGAUAAGGAGAGCCGAAGAAUAUGGCUCAAGUAUCUUCCCUCUAACAGGAUCAUUCCAGCUUCAUACAAAGACAAUUUCUGGGAGAUGGGGGAUACGGGUCCAUGCGGGCCCUGUACAGAGAUACACUAUGAUAGGAUCGGGAAUAGGGAUGCCUCCGAAUUAGUGAACAAAGACGACCCCAAUGUCAUUGAAAUUUGGAACAUUGUAUUUAUAGAAUACAAUAGGACUGCCUCAGGGCUUGUCCCUCUUGAAAGAAAGUGUAUAGAUACGGGGAUAGGGCUGGAGAGGCUUUUGAGCAUACUCAUUGAUGUCAAGUCCAAUUACCUGAUAGAUAGCUUUUCCACAAUAAUCAAGGCUAUAGAAGGAUGUUGCACUUCCAAGUAUAAGGAUUCUGAGGAAAGCGAGGAUGUUGCCUUUAGAGUCAUAGCCGACCAUUGCAGAACCAUAGCCGUUUGUAUUCAUGACAAGGUUGAUUUCAGCAAUGAUGGAGUAGGGUACGUACUGAGGAGAAUUCUGCGCAGAGCUGUUAGAUAUGCACACGAGGUUUUGAAAUUGGAGGAAGGGGUUCUUGAAGAGCUGGUGCGGAUUGCAGCGGGUACAAUAGGAAUAGAUCUAGAAUCGGCUGAUUGUGUGAGCAGAGAAGAGGCUUUGUUUAUGAAAACCUUAAAAAAAGGAAUUGAGAGAUUCAAUAAGAUUGUGGAGAAUAAUGACAAAAUAAGUGGAGAGGACUUAUUUUUACUGUAUGAUACAUAUGGAUUUCCUAUUGAUUUGACAGAGUUGAUGGCUAGGGAAAGGAACAUCAAGAUCGAUUAUACAAACUUCGAAAACUUUAGGCAAAAAGCAAUUGAAGUCAGCAAGAAGUCUAAGGGAAUGAAGAUUAGUAUUGAUAUGGACAUGUGUUCCAAGUUUCCACCUACAGACGAUUCUUCUAAGUAUGAAAAGAAUAAUAUAAAUGUUGUACUUCUCUUCGCCAUUGUAGGGAAAGAUAUUGUAACUGAACCAAGUGAAAUACCUGAAAAGACAGAAGUUGGACUUGUGUUUGACAAGACUUGUUUUUAUGCGGAAUGUGGAGGCCAAGUUGGAGACACAGGAAAAAUAACUUUUUAUGAUGGAGAGAAAAUCACUGGAGUCUUCAAUGUUACAGAUACUCAGGCAAUCAAGAGAUUCGUUGUUCACAAAGGAACUCUGGAAGGAAGUGCAUCAUUCCAAGCCUUACAAACAUAUAACUACGAACUAAGAAGAAGAACAAUGAGAAAUCAUACAGGAACACACUUACUGAACUUCUUUCUUCGUACCAUAAUCAAGACUGAGCAACGUGGAAGCCUCGUUGAUCCAGACAAGCUACGAUUUGAUUUCGAGGGAAGAAAGUUAACAAAUGAGGAACUAGAGGAGGUAGAAAAAAAAGUCAAUGAAUUCAUUAAGAGUAAUGCGAGAGUUGAAUCUAUUAUUUUGGAAAAGAGUCAAGCUUUGGAGAAUCCCAACAUCGUUAGGAUGAGGAAUGAAGAAUAUCCUGAGGAGGUGAGGGUCAUAACGAUGAAAAAUGAUGGAUUAGUUAUUGAAGAGAUGUGUGGAGGGACACAUGUAACCAAUGUUUCAGACAUAGGGAGAUUCAGGAUUAUCAAUGAGACAGGGGUGUCAGCUAAUACACGAAGAAUAGUUGCAGUGACGGGGAAGAAAGCCCAAGAGCUCGAUGAAGAAGCAGAGUCUUAUCUGAGUAAGCUUAGUAUCGGAGAGGUUGUCAACGUUGAUAAGGCAAUCCCAUUAUUCUACAAACAGAAGGUCGAAGCACUAAACCAAAAAAACAAAAAGAAGGGGGAGGAACUUAGCCGGGCCCAAUAUGCCAAGAAUAAAAAAGAAAUCACUGGAUUGAUAGCUGAAAGCAAAAAUGUUUCAGGCUCAAAUGCCAGAAAUAUGAUUUACUACUACCACCCAACAGAGUCGUGCACUAGAAAAGACCUCACCAGAUUCAUAGGCCUUCUUUGCGGAGAAGCAGCAAAACAUGAUGUCGAAUGUAUUGUUUAUACGUAUAUUGGGGAAGAAUGCUUGAUAGCUGCAAAUGUAUCAGAUAAUGAAGAUUUGAUAAAAAAAAUCAACUCAAAAUAUCCAAAAGCUCACGUAAGGAUUAGUAAGGACAUGGUUCAAGGAAGCAUCCAUUCGAAAAUAACUUAUGAGGACGCCAGAGACUUGCUUCCUUGA